GACUUGUCCGCGCUUUUCAUCUUUUCCUCUUCUUUCUCCCAUUUCAACAAUUCUUAUAUCCAUCCCUAAAAAUUCAAUAAUUCAUCUUUUAUUUUGCUAAUUCAUUAUGCAAGUUUUAACUCGAUGGCGAAACCUUUUGAUUUUCAACAACUCCAUUACUCAAUCGGCAAGGAUCGCCUCACCCACAACGAAUUCUGCUCCCUUUCAUUCAACUACUGCUUUUUUCGACAAAUGGAAAAUUAAUUUCAACUCUGAUGUGAAACCAGAUAAACAACCAUCAAAGAACUAUAUAAGAUAUGCAGUACGGCAGAAGCGUUCUGAUGCAAAAAAAGCUCUUAAACAUAUACUGUUCAAUGGGGGAUGCUCAACGUCGACAGCUGAGUCGUUUCCAAGGAUAAAAGCUGACUACGAAGAUCUGCUAAACAAGAAAUCUCGAAUAAAACCUGCUCGUCAAGCUAGGAGAGCUUACCACAAGAAAAUGAAACGUAAGCAUCGGAAAGAGAAUUUUUCUGAAGAUUAUGAUGUCAACCCUGAUAGAAUAUUCCACGCUGCAUUUGGGAAUAGAGACUUUACUUGGACCUUCAGAGCCUCAGAAACGGGAUUUGAUUGGUCACAAAAUUAUAGAUGGAGUAACGGUAGAUUUAGUAAACAUGGAAGUAGUACAGAAUCGGGUGUUAAGUCUUUCACUAUAGGAACAUAUGCUGAUAGGAAAAUCCUCGGUUUACCGGCAGCUGGUCCCUUGGAAAUUGAAGAUGUCAAGGCUGCAUUUCGUGUGUCAGCUUUGAAGUGGCAUCCUGACAAGCACCAAGAUUCUUCUAAGGCUAAUGCUGAAGAGAAAUUCAAGGAUUGUGUGAAUGCAUACAAAUCACUGUGCAACACUCUCUCAGCGGCGGCCUAAUUUUGUUCGUGUAAUCCUCGAGCAUUAAACUAACUUAUAUUUUUAGCCCCUCUUUGUUCCUUUUCGGCUUCAAGCUUAAAAUUAUUGAUUUUUCGUUGUAACUUACAGAUGUAUGUAAAAAGCUUUCUUAUUUUCUUCUUAAUAAUAGAUAGAUGCAUGAAUAAGAUUCUUGAAACCCCAUCAUAACUUAUUAUAUUGUAUGUGGAACAAUCAUUAUUCUUAAAUUAGACCAUCCACUGCUGCUAAGUUUCGG